AUGGUUAAAUUCAGUAGCAUCUUCGGAAGUGCACGAGCUUUAGCCUUGCUGGCGGCACUAAGUGCCCGAACAGCCACUGCCUACGUUCCAAUUUGGCAGCCUCAGUAUCCAAAUGAGGCAGCUGUGACGGCGCGGGUCAUCGAACUGAAGCAUGCAGGGGAUGCGACUGGUCACUUGCUAGCUACCUUUGAACACUGGUACUACCCGCUUGGGCAGCCUACUAAUUACAAACAAUCAAACGGGACGCCGAGUAACUUUUUCAUCCAGGAAAGCAGCGACCAGGGCCAGUCAUGGAGUACACUGGCAACAGUUACUGCUCCAGAUGAUGUCCCGAAUCUCUUCUUCUUCCAGCCAUUUUUGUUCGAAUUCCCUCAGCAGCUAGGGAAAUACCCUGAGGGCACUCUCCUGCUAGUCGGCAAUUUGCACGACGGAAAUAAAACCUACUUCUACUCCUGGCGAUCGGCCGAUCACGGCGAAACUUGGGACGACAUAGGUAUCUGGCAAAAGGGACAUGCUAUCACUGGAGCACCUGGCAACCCUUCUGCCGGAAUUUGGGAGCCGUUCCUAUUCCUGGACAAUCAGAAUGACAUUGUUGCGGUUUUCUCCGAUGAGCGAGAAUGUGAGACACACUCCCAGCAACUCGUCCACCUCGUCUCCACAGAUGGAGGUGAUACUUGGAGUGGCAAUGGAGAUGACCCCGUUCCGGAUGUUGUUGGCUCAGACCAAGAGUCCCGACCCGGGAUGGCUACAGUCGCCAAGAUGGACAACGGAGAGUAUUUCAUGAGCUAUGAAUGGUGUGAUAUCAGAUAUUACCAAUCCACCGGCUCGUGCCCUGUCCACGGAAAGACAUCUUCUGAUGGCGUGUCAUGGAACCCGAGCGACAAUGGAACCUACGUUUCAACACCCGAUGGGGUUCUGGGCUGUGGGAGCCCUUAUUCUAUAUGGGAUCCAGUUGGGAAACAACUGAUCGUUUCCAGUUCUUCCAAGAGGUGGUUCUCUGUAUCGGAGACCGAAAAUAGAACUGACACCACCAUGGAAGAUCACCAUGUUGUCCAUAUCAACCAGAAUUACGGGAAGGAUGACUGGUAUUGGGCCUCGGCCCCUUGGUACGUCCCAGCUGGUACCGAUGAUUGCAACAGCAAUUACAGCCCCGAUCUGCUCCCUUUGCCAAAUGGAGAAAUUCUAUAUUCAACGGAUACGCCGAACGAUUCCAAUCAAUGUGAAGAGGGCACACUCGCGGCGCCCAUCGCGAUCUUGCCGUACAGCUCCAACUUUUCAACCGCUGGCGCAGCUGGCUGGGUUGAUUUUGACGGAAUAUGGACCAUCUCCGGGGAUCAAUACCAGUUCCCAUCUGUAUCACAGCCAACGAUGGUGCUGACCGGCUCGUCUGGGUGGACGGACUAUGAAAUCAGUGCGGCUGUCAUUAUCACGAGCCAGUCUGGGGUGGCGGGUGUCUUCGUUCGGGCAUCUAAUUCGCCCAACGAUUCCCACUUGAGCAGAUAUACGGCCGUCAUUGACAGCAACCGUGGCGAGCUCACACUGUAUCGAGUGGGCGAUGCUGACACAACGACGUUGGAGUCGCAGCCAGUCACCGGGGGUGUGAUGGCGAGCCAACAGUACCACUUGUCUCUUUCGGUUCAAUCUGCGAACCUUGUUGCGACGCUGACUGGAAGCAAUGGUGCGACAACUACCGUGACAGUUACGAACAGUGACUUGCUGCGCGGUGCUGCAGGUCUUUAUGGAAGUUAUGGUAGUGGUGGAUUCAGCAAUGUCCAGAUCAAAGACCUGUCCUGA